UAAAAUAAAAAAAUAAAUACAAAUAAAGGCAUAAAGCCCAUCCUCAUAAAAGCUCGUCUCAAUCCUGUGGUUUUCAAUUCUUUGUGCCGUACUAUUCAGUUGCUUCUUCACAGUUCAUCUACACAAAUCUGUUUGCUUCAUCAUUCACUCCAUCAAUCACUAGGAAUCAUGAGCAAUGAAGAGGAGAAGAGGUGUCCUUUGUGUGCGGAAGAGAUGGAUUGGACUGAUCAACAGUUGAAGCCCUGCAAAUGUGGUUAUGAGGUGUGCGUUUGGUGUUGGCAUCACAUAAUGGACAUGGCAGAGAAGGAUGCAACAGAGGGACGGUGUCCCGCAUGUCGCACAGCUUACGAUAAAGAUAGAAGUGUAGGGCUGGAAUCAAAUUUUCAGAGGGUGGCUGGCAGUAAUUUGAGUCGAAAACAAAAGCAGCCAAAAGCCAAGCCAAAACCAACUGAAGUAAAGAAAGACCUUAGCAAUGUUAGAGUAAUUCAGCGAAAAAUGGCCUAUAUUAUCGGGCUGCCUCUUAGUCUAGCUGAUGAAGAUUUGUUGCAGCGAAGAGAUUAUUUUGGCCGAUACGGGAAAGUUACCAAGGUUUCACUUUCUCGGACUGCGGGUGGGACUGUUCAACAGUUUGUCAAUGAUACUUGUAGUGUAUAUAUUACAUACUCAAAAGAGGAAGAAGCAGUGCGGUGUAUUCAAUCGGUGCAUGGCUAUGUGCUGGAUGGUAGGUUUUUAAGAGCAUCGUUUGGAACAGCAAAGUACUGUCAUGCGUGGUUAAGGAAUAUGCCCUGCAACAACGCUGCUUGUUUAUAUUUGCAUAGUAUUGGCGCUGAAGAAGAUAGUUUUGGAAAAGAUGAAAUAGCUGCAGUUCAUACUAGGAAUAGAGUUCAGGAAAUUGUUGGUGCCACCCAAUAUUUGCAUAACCGUUCAGGAAGUAUGUUGCCACCACCAGUAGAUGAACACUUGCAUAAUCGCAGUGCUGCGGCUCCGGAACCUGUCUUUAGCAGUGCCGUGAGAGAUGUAGCAUAUGCUGCAGUAGCUUCUGGCGAUCACUUACAUUGUUCUAAGGACAAAGAUGGAGUAAUUAAAUCAUCCAAACACAUGACAAGUUUUGUAGAUAUUGUCGGAAGGUCAUCUAAUUCAGGUUCAGAUAAAGAUAUUAGCUCGGUAUCACAAGGGCAGAUACCGAGCUUAUGUUCUGAUAUGUCUUCUGUAUGCAUCAAUGAUAAGACUACAGAUUCAGAUCUAGUGUCAUCAAAAUCUUCGACUUAUAGUGAGCCUUUUAGGGAAGCUUCUAAACUAGCCGAUUCAACACUCAAGGACACUAACAUUAUAAAAGAACGAUCUGGUUCAGCAUUAGAUUCACAAACAUCUUUAAAUUCUUCUUAUCCUGUUGAGGUAAUUAAAGAUUAUAGUGAUCAAGCUUGGUGGCAAAUGGAGUCUAGUAGUCAAAACGGUUUUGGUGUAAAUAAUUAUGCAGAAGAAGCCUUUAAACAAUCUACAAGUACAAAUACAAAACCCGUAUUGAAUGAUGGAUACGAUGAACAAAGAUUUGGAAGUUUGGCUAAGUCAGAUAGGAUCUAUGGAGGGUCUAGGUCUUUUUCUAAUGAAGAAAUAGUAGAGCACUUGAGACGGCUUGAUGAUGAUAGUCGUGUGGAUAAUGAUGAAAAUUCUGCUGCUGUGGAAAGCAGUAUAAUAUCGAAUAUAUUGUCUAUGGAUUUUGAUGGGUGUGACGAUUCAGUUUUGCCUCAAACUGUAACUGGAUUGUUUGAACGUAAAGAUUUAGGACAUGGUUCUUCCUGGAGUUUUCAAAAUAGUGACCACUCAAGAUUCUCUUUUGCAAAUGAAAAUGGACACAAUAAUCAAGAGCUGGGACGGUUUUCUGCUUUUCAAGAUUCUCGGGAGAUUCAGGACAGUGUCUAUAAGCCACAGUAUCAGGGAUCCAGGGCUCAGAACGUUAUACCACCAGGAUUCUCCAAACCCCCUCCUGGGUUUCCGUCGAGCAUGUGCAGUGAGCAGGUUGUUUCCGCCACUUCUGGUAGUUAUUUGAAGAAUUCUUUGCCAAACAAUCGUUACCAUUUGCCAUCAACAGGGGAUCUUAGCAACAAUGGUGACGAUCUAAUCGAUCCUUCCAUGAUGGUUGUUGGAAGGGGCAAAUCAUCUAUUGACACAAGGUCAAGCUCAUUCGAUGAAGAGGCAAAGCUCUGGCUCUUGAUGCAACAACAAUCUGCAUCUGCCACACACCGUCAUCACGAGCCUCAGUUUUCUCAAACAUCCUUCACGCAACAACACCACACACCCCAGUUUCCUUCUUCACGAGAUGAUCGUUAUGGUGAUAUCACUUCCAGGCUUGUAGAUCGACACCACCAGAGCUAUGCACAACAGCAGCAGUACUCACAGCCAAAGUUUAGUAAUGGUCACAUCAUAAAUGGGUAUCAGCAGCUGCAUUUGGACGAGUCUCAACAGGUAAAGUAUUCACCUGGGUAUGGUGAAUUUAUGCACCAGAUGCCCAGUUCUGGCGAUGUAUACACCCGGGUAUUUGGAAUGUAAAGUAUGCACCUUUUAACUUCUCCAGUUUGAUUAUAUUUUAAUGAAAUGAACACUCCAUCUUCAUAUCCA